UUUGGCCCAACCCCGGGACCAGCACGGGCAGCUUUGCGCGGCGAAUGGGGCGCCCCCGGAAGGGAGAAAAAGAGUCGCAGGGCCUGGUGGGACCAUCCGCGCGUACGUCCGCGCGCCCUGGGGGGAGGGUCUCGCGCUACAGCCGCGGGCGGCCCUGGGCGUCUCGCGCACAAAUCCGGUGGAGCGGCUGUAGCGCCCGCUUUCUGCUCCGGGGCUGAAUCCUUCGGGUGCUUGAGGCCUGUAGAAACAGAGGAGGAUGCUGUCUGCUGCUAGCAACUUUACAAGCUAAAUACAGUGUGCUAUUGUAUGGCAGGAUGGAAGAUUUCAGAAAUAUUGCGGAUGAGACGUUUCCAAGCUUUUUGACUAACUCACUGAACAGUAAUACCAAUGGGAUUUUGGAGAAUGUCACCAUUUCAUCAAACCUAGGCUUACCUGUUGCGGCUUCAACUGUUGCCAGGAAUAAAACAGGUUGUGACAACAGGCUUUCUGAUAUUCAAGCUUCUUAUCUAGAAGAAGGGAGAUUUUCACUGCCAUCAGCAUCUUCUCAUAGUGGUCAGUCUGCUUUGGAGCCAAGGGGGAAGUUAGCUCUCAGCUUUCAGGGUGACUUGGGAGUUACUACACUAAUUACAGAAGCUCAACUUGUUUCUGAUGGUUUGAAAGAGUCAAACUUAAUAAAGAGAGGGCACAACCAGGAUGCGAUCGCUGAGUGUUCAAGUCUCAGUCAAGAUACCUUGUUUGACAUAUUACCAAUUGAACACUUGGAAGAUUUGUCCAUUGGAAUAUGUUCACUACCACAAAGUAAAAAGGAAAACCAGAUUGGUGCACCUGAACCUGGAGAAAAAGUUUCACCUUCCACCAACUUAAGUGGUCGUUUCAGCACAAGUCUUUCAAGUUUCUUAGAAAAUGAGAAACUGCUGUCUCUUGCAAGCCUAGAAGGAAACUCAACUGAUGACGAUAUUGAUGAUGAAGAGUUCUAUGACAACCAACUGGAAGCCUAUUUCAAACAGCUGGUGUCGCCAGAAGUGCCAAGAGGUGAUUGUGAAAGACAGGAACUUUCAGAAUGUAGUACAGCAUUGAAGCUGCCUGAAAAUGGAUUAAAACAGAUCAGAGCCAAAGUGAUGAGCACACUGCAGAAUCAAGCCCUGGUGUCAAGUAACCUACCUAACAAUAAGUUUUCAGAUGGAAGACUCUUGGAAAUUUAG